AUGCGGACUCCCUUGACGGAUGCUUCAGCAAGAGUAAACAAAUGCCUUGCCCCGAUUACAGAGCGAGAGGAGCCACUGAGACAACCACAGCAACAGAUGACAUCGCCGGUGCCGAUGUCCAUUGUGACAAGUCCUCUGUCCGCGAAAAAUGCCGAUGUCAACUGCAGCAGCCCGGCUCCAGGCUCACAGCCAGGGACUAACCGCAAUUCUGUAAUGUCAGCGGCGUCAAUAAUCACCAACCAAGGCAAGAGGAAGACACACGUGGGACCAUGGCAACUCGGAAGGACCCUCGGCACUGGGGUGAGCGGUCGUGUGAGACUAGCGAAGCAUUCGGUAACGGGGCAGUUGGCUGCGAUCAAGAUCGUCUCAAAGAAAUCCGCCGCAAUAACGCAGAGUGCGAGUAUUGCGGGAAUGGAUAAGAAGGCCAAUCGUAUCGGAGGUAUAGGGCCGCGCCAGAUCCCAUCCGGGCUGGAGCGCGAGGUUGUCAUCAUGAAACUGAUCGAACACCCAAAUGUGAUCAAUAUCUAUGAUGUUUGGGAGAACCGGGGCGAAUUGUACCUAGUAUUAGAGUUCGUUGAAGGGGGCGAGUUGUUCGAGUACGUCUCUGAGAACGCCCCUCUUAGAGAGGACGAAGCGGUACGAAUAUUUUGCCAGAUAAUUGCUGGCCUGGGUUAUUGCCAUCGCUUUAACAUCUGUCACCGAGACCUGAAACCGGAAAACAUACUUCUUGAUGCGCAGGGCAAUGUGAAGCUCGCUGACUUUGGAAUGGCCGCUCUUCAGCCAUCGCAUCGCUGGCUAGACACGUCUUGCGGAAGUCCACAUUAUGCUGCCCCGGAGAUCGUCGGAGGGAAGAGAUAUCUCGGUGACAAAGCAGAUAUAUGGAGCUGCGGCAUAAUUUUAUAUGCAUUACUGACAGGCUUUCUACCAUUCGAGGGAGAUGACACCCAUCGCACACUAGAGCUGUAUGAGAAGCGCUACCAAGGGGCAGUGGACUAUCAUAUCGGCCCUGCACCGCCGCUUAUGCCCGAAGACUGUGGCCCACCCAUCACCAACAAGGAAGACGUCGACAUCGACCUUCUGAGGAACCUGCAGACACUAUGGCAUGAUGCAACUCCCGAAGCAAUACUGAAGAGGAUCUUAGACCCUACCCCGAGCCAUCAACGCCUGUUUUACAAUGCUUUGGUAAAAUUUAGAAACGAACAGUUGGAGAAUUAUCAAGGACAGACUCUCGAGCACUCCGCCAGCGACUAUCACCAUAUAUCAGUGGCACCGCGUACACCGAGUCGCCGAACUCGACGUGCGAAGGGCAGCUCAGCGAAGUGGUCGCAAUUUCCACCCGUGAAGGAAACAGGAAUAAGGACCAAGUAUAAUGAAGAGCCAAAGUCCUGUGCAACGACGCGAAGCUACGACCCGUUCAGGUCUCCACAAGGAAAAUACCCUCCGAGAGAAGCGAAGUGUGCGAAGAUCACGGUCUACCGUAAUGGGCUCAUUGUCGAUGUUGAUAAGACCGCAAAAGAACCCACAGAAACGACUCCUCAACCGAGGGCAGCUGCAAAGAACACGGAUCUCGAGGUGCCUCAGGUGCCCGAGUGUCCACCGAGCUCACCAUUCGUGCUUAUGCGUGAUAAGCGCAUGAAGGUCAAUUCCGUCAAAUCAUUCCAUUCAAAGACCUCGUUGUCUGGGUCUCGUCGGGCUCUUUAUGUCGCAUCAACGCCGCGUUCUGCCAGCUACAAACGUAAUGUAUCCUUCCACCACAAAAGGAACCGCUCGCAAGGCUCAGUACUAUCCACCAAAGCGAGGCCACCGCGGCCGAAAGCCCGCAAUAUCAGGCUUGAUGCAAGUGAAAGCACUGUGAUCUCUGAUUACGACGAUGACCCAUUUUCCGACGCACAAGAGAGCCCAUCGUUGCCCGCUCAGCCCACAGUUGUGCGUGGAGCUGGUGUUACAGUCAGGAAUUGCCCUCAGAUGAAAAAGGUGCGAAAUAGCGAUAUCAUUUGGAAAGACGAUGCGCGGAAGGUGUCCUAUGAACUUAGUCAAAUAUGCGAGGAGGCCUUCAACGGCAGCUCACUGUCCACGAAUUGCACCGCCAGCACAUGCAUUGGCUCCGAGACGCCUGCAACAUCCUUGUCAAUCGCUAGCCCUGAGGUGUCUUAUCAACAGCUUGCUUCCAAAGGACACUCAACCACACGCACGGCACCCCCAGCGGCAUCGUCGCCACGAUCAUACACGGCCGCAGAGCUUACUGAAACUCGUCGUAAACUGAUCCAGCAUUCAACUAAGGACGACUCAGGGAACAUCCCGGGCUACUUGAAGCCGAUCAUUGCACACCUAGAUCGUCUGAUUGAGCAGGAUGAAACGAAACGACGAGAGCGGCGGGAUAAUCCCAUACCUUAUCCCAGUGCGCUGAGGGAGCAAUCUGUCCGGUCGUCAAGUGAAACCCCGCAGCCACCAGAAGCACCGAAACUCCCGGAAACUGCACCCAACCCUCUAAUCAAUGCUGGUUACAAAGCAGAAGACCAAGGGAAAUCCGUGCUGCAAACUCCCCAGAAGCAUCCUGGCCGCUCCAACCGCGAUGGAAAGAGAACAGUUCGCAUGGUGCCUCAUAGUUCUCUGCAGUCGAUGGGGCCUACCAAGGACUUGAACAUUCGAAAGAACCGUAGUUCUAUUCCCGAAGACAUUCCAGAGACACCAGACGUGUGCACAACGGAUGCGGAGAAAGAGCAGGCUGCAGCAUCUACACGCAAGUUCGCUUCCCUGAACCCCGGCCAAGACCGGGGUCCCUGCGAACUCGACCCCAUUGAAGAAACGCCAGGAUCACCCAGACGUAACGGCACUCGUUCUUCGGACAACAAGAAAUGGUCGUGGUUCCAGAACAGGGCUCAGAUGGCAGGGGAUCACACUACAAGACAUUCCAGCGACGUCCCGCAUAUCCAACCAAGUUCAGCGACUGUGAUCAGACAUCAUCAAGGUGACUCGAGAGAAGCGAAGGCCAACACCCAGAGAGAUAGUCACUUCAAUGGAAAGCCGUCGCGGACGAAGCCUAAAGGCGGAUUCUUCAGAAGACUAAUGAAUAGACGAGCAAGCAAGGAAUCUCAGAACCAGGAUACAGGCUUUGACACUGCAGAAACCAAUGUCUUGCUCCACGAGAACAUCGAGACUGGUAACACAACAGACACCGAAUAUGACGGCAAACCUCUUCCACCUCCUCCGCGCGGUGGAGGCAAGAGCCAGAACUGGUUCGCACGCGUAUUCCAACUCAAGCCUGCUACUCGAGUGAUAGCACUCAACACAUCGACCACCAAAGCCCGGAAAUACAUCCAUAAGACAAUGCGUGAGUGGAGGAUAUGGGGUAUGGAGGAGGUUUACCUUGACAAGGACAAACGAGUCAUCUUCGGAAGCGUGGGUGAAGUCAACUUGCUAAAUCUUCGACCGGUCCAAUUCUCAGCUGAGUUCUGCACAUACCUAGAACAAGGUCGACAGGAGAACCUCAGCCUCGUCCGCUUCAAGCAAGAGCGGGGAGCAGCAUCGUCCUUCCACAAGGUGGUCGACACACUCUAUCUCCUCAUGAAGGGCCAGCACAUGCUCAUGGAAGAUCCUGCGCGAGCAAAAGAGAUGGUUCGAAUUCUGGACGACUACCCGAACCCUUGAAGAUCAGAUAAUCCCUACCCACCCUUUUGAUUCCUAUCCCCAUACUACUCCCCUAAACUGUUUCUGGACUAUCAUGACCAUCUGGAUGGACUUUGCAAGCCUUCUACCACCAACCUAUCUACCAGGCCCCUUCAAAUAUUACUGCAUAUACCCUCAACAAAUCUCUUUCCGGACUUCAUGUUCAUAAUCUCUAUCUCCCC